GUGCGGGCCUUAACUACGUGAACGGAGUCUACCGCCAGGUCGCGGACUUCAACGACGCGGAAAUGUUCAUAAAGGUUGAGGAGAAAAGGGGGUGGCUGUUCAGCCCUAGGGCCCCUAGCCCUGCUGUCCACAUCCGCCUGCAGGGUGAAGCUGCGCCACACGUCUGGGUCAUCACGCUGUCUCCAGAGCCAGGCUCGGGCAGUGACCACUUGUACAAGCGGGAACAGGUGAGAAGCACGCAGGCGACCCCGCCGCUCAUGGGCUGGGUGGCGUGGACGGAUGGGGUGCCGAAAGAUCGUGCGGACGAGCUCGCCAAGGGUUUUCCUGAGCUCGAGUAUUACAAUUUCCCGCCUGGCUCGACAGAGGGUAAGGAACUAGGACCCAUCGAGCGCGGAGGAUCGUCUCCUCGGAGCGCUCCCAGCAUGAACCUCACGGUUUGCAUCAUUGGCGCGACCAACCUUCCUGAUGCUGUCCACGUAGCUUACGAUACUUACUGCGUGUGCGAGGUGCGCGGCAAGACCGACGUCAUCGAAACCCCUCCAGCACAAGGCUCGAACAAUCCAGAGUGGAUGUUCACGUCUCCGCUUGAGAGCUGGGAGCCGAACGAUGACUUACACUUUGCUGUGUAUAUCGAUAGCGGUGUUGCCAUAGGUGAAGCCACGCUGGGGCAUGAUAGAUUGCGCGGAAAAGGUUUUGUCGGAGAGAUUCCUUUGAUGUUGCUCGACAGCAGCGACAAUAACGACCCCGACGCCAAGCUGAGCGACAGUAACAACCCCGACGCCAAGCUGAACAUCUGCAUUACGAUGCCAGGGCAAGCUGCCCCAGACAUAGAGGUCGAGCUCCUGGAGGAGCCGAACGCGACAAUGGGCAUCGACAUUGCUCCUGAGUGGAGCCAGGGCUCCUUUUCCAUAAGGAAGAUCCGGGAAGGAGGGCUCGUCCACAAGUGGAACCAGGCGCACCCCGAUCGGCGCGUCAUGCUCCGCGACAGGGUCGUCGGGGUCAACGGGAAGUCGGGCAGCUGCCACGACCUCCUGUCGUCUCUCACGGGCCGACCACAGAGGACGAGGACGACCAAGCUGUUGAUUCAGCGCAACACGUCGCGCUAG